AUGUUCGCCAAAACUGCAGCAGCUAAUUUAACCAAAAAGGGUGGUUUAUCAUUGCUCACCACCACAGCAAAGAGAACCAAAGUCACUUUACCUGACUUGAAAUGGGACUUUGGUGCAUUAGAACCUUAUAUUUCUGGUCAAAUCAACGAAUUGCAUUACACCAAACAUCAUCAAACCUAUGUGAACGGAUUCAACACCGCUGUUGAACAGUUCCACGAACUUUCAAAUCUUCUGGCCAAGGAGCCAACUCCUGCAAACGCAAGAAAAAUGAUUGCUAUCCAACAAAACAUCAAGUUUCACGGUGGUGGCUUCACAAACCACUGCCUAUUCUGGGAAAACCUGGCUCCAGAGUCACAGGGUGGUGGUGAACCACCUACCGGAGCUUUGGCAAAGGCCAUUGACGACCAAUUUGGCAGUUUAGAUGAGCUGAUUAAGCUGACCAACGCGAAGCUAGCAGGCGUACAGGGCUCCGGAUGGGCCUUCAUUGUCAAGAACCUCUCCAACGGAGGUAAGCUCGAUGUUGUUCAAACCUACAACCAAGACACUGUCACCGGGCCCUUGGUUCCUCUACUUGCAAUCGACGCCUGGGAGCAUGCCUACUAUUUGCAAUACCAAAACAAGAAGGCCGAUUACUUCAAAGCCAUUUGGAACGUGGUUAACUGGAAGGAAGCCUCCAGAAGAUUUGAUGCUGGCAAUAUUUAA